CCUAUGGGCAUUGAUACACACUCCCUGGUGACCGGUUGGGAAUCCUUCGCAGCGUUGCAGUGGCGGUUGGUCCCCUCCUUUCAAAGCGCGUUACCAUGGCGAUAGCAAACACCAGUGCGUUCCCUGGCGGCUUCCACGCGACUGCAGCCAUGGCCUUCAUGUCGCACGCAGAUGCGGAGCUGAAACAGUACAUCAAAUCUCACUCAAUCUCAGAGAUCUAUGAGGCAUUGCUGACAGGAUUAUUUGUUCAGUGUCCUGGUGAUCCAUUAAUAUUUUUGGAAGAGAAAAUUAAAGAACUACAAAAUCGAAAAAGUCAAGCUUUGCUUUUGACAAAGGGAGGUCAUAUGGAUUUGAGCUGGGACAUGUUUGUCACAGAUGAUUUCCGACAAAGUAUGACAAAAAUGAUAGGCAGUUAUUUAAACUAUCUCUUUGAUCUGGAAGCAGGUCUGGUGCUUCCUCCAGAAAUGCAUGAGAGAGCAUAUCGGUUCCAUUUGAACUCUUUAUUGAAGAAGUACUUUUCGUGA